AUGGUCCUCACCGUUCACCACCUGGCCAAUUCGCGCUCCCAGCGCAUUCUCUGGCUUCUUGAAGAGCUUGAAGUGCCCUACGAUGUCAAGAGGUACGAGCGCGAUGGCUUCGGCGCACCCCAGUCUCUCAAGGACGUCCACCCCUUUGGGAGUUCCCCUAUCAUCACCGACGGCGACCUGACACUUCCGGAGAGCGGUGCGAUCAUGGAAUGCGUCAUCAGGAAAUACGGUCAAGGCAAGAUAACCCUGCCGACGGAGGGGAAGGCGCUGACGGACAAGUUGUAUUACUCUCAUUCGGCGGAGGGAUCGCUGAUGCACCUGGUUGUGAAUCACGCGUACUGCACGUUCAUCAUCCCGGGACAGACCCCCGAAGAGGAGCGACCCGCUUUUAGCGAUGUCCUUGAGAAGGCGGCGCAGAGGUUCUACGAACCGCCGAUCAGGAUGCGCAUUGCUCUGAUUGACAAGCACCUCAGCGAGAACGAGUGGUUCGCGGGCGGCGAGGGUCCGACCGUCGCGGAUUAUAUGAUGUUCUACCCCCUGGAAUGGUUCCGCGAGAGCGGAUGGUCGACUCCCAGCAUCGACGCCUACAUUGACAGAGUGCAAAAGCGACCUGCCUAUCGAAGGGCCCUGGAGAGGGGCGGACCUUACCGCUUCGAUUUUCAAGUUUCUCAAGUUGCGCGCUGA